GUGCUGUUUACGUCAGCACUGCACUGACUGUUCCUCGUUAGGUCACGCCAGGUCCACAUCAGACGUUGACCGUUACUGGUGAGGAUGUCUCUCUCGUUACGGGGCUUCCGCACGAGUAACCUAGCGAGCGGAUCGGCGGCCCCUGAUGCCCGUCGUUUCUCACCCUCCGCCCCUUCCCACGCGGCUGUCCACGUUCCCUCCCUGCGCUUCAGCCAGCCUUUCAUCGCGUUCCUUGCGUGCUCUCCCCUCGACCGUAAUCACGCGGCGCUUCCAUGCUCUAGAACCGCGCUCGGCGCUACGACGCGCCACAGUGACCCCUGUCAACCCCGUGCGCAGACAGAACGAACAGCACACGGAGCAACAGCAUUAGAAACCCAGGUACUUGGAGCGGCAGCAGCUGCAAGGGGCAAAUCGUGAAUGAUGAAACCAAGGGCGGGAGACAGAGACUGCUGCCACCCCUUAGAGCCGAAUCAAUCUCUUCUAGAAGCAUCACUAACGACGAGCUGCCAUGGCAAAGCAAAGCCACAGCAGGCUGGCGCCCCGCAACCCCUCAGGCAGGCUGGCUCGCAUCCGCACUCAUAGCAGCCGUAACGUCCGUGCUGUUCCCUCUCCCCGUCCCACUCUUACCACCGCCUCGCCUCUCAGCCCACAUUCCAUCACCUGCAGCACACGAGUGGCGGAGCAACGCAGUGCAGGUGGCGCAACGCAUUCAACAUUGAGCGAGCUCAUCAGCAGCCUGCAGUCGGGGAGCAGAUCAACGGCUCUGGCCGUGCCGUUCAGUGGGGCCUCUGCGCCACUGCCCUCCGAGACAUUUGACAAUGUGCCGCAGACGCUGUCAGAGGAGGACAGGAAGCCGCGGCGCAUUCAGAAGCCCAAGUCACCAACAGCGGAGAAGUGCCUCCGCAAGUGCGUGGGCACGUGCAUCCGAGGAGGGGCGGGUGCACCUGGGGAAGGACCCAUAAACGUUGAGAGGCCCAUUGUGGUUUUCAAGUCCGAAUUCCGGUCAAGACAGUACUGUUUAGUGGAAUGCAGUGAGAUUUGCAACCUUUUGCCGGAUGGAAAGAGCAAGCCUUGAUACUGUUUCACUGCCACUUAGUUCACAAGAGACCAAUCCUUCGUUUUUGUACUGCAACAAAAUGUGUUUGUGUGACAAGUAUCACGCUGAGUGUACAUUUGUUUUGCGUACAGACGCUGCUCACAACUUCUGAAGGAAAUGAUAUAUUAUAA